CACCACCAUGUUGCGUAGCUGCGUUUGCUUCGGCCAGCGUGGCAAUCACAAACAGCGGCGUAGCUCAUCGUUUGAUACAUCAUCGUCAUGCCGUUCAUCGGAAAUUGAACGUGGUGGCAAGACGGCCACCACCUUCACAGCCAGUGGCAGUGGCGGCGAUAAUCAGCGCCAGAAUCAAGUUGCAAAUGGUCGUAUGGCCUCCAGUUUGUUGCAGUACUUUCAGACGAAAGGUUGGCUCCGGCAUUGGCGUAAACCGACAAGGGGUCUCAGCAUGACCAAAAUAGAAAUCACCAUGAAAGCCGCAUUACUUAUACAACGCUGGUAUCGACGUCACAAUGCCCGCAUGGAAAUCAAAAGACGUUACACUUGGUCGAUAUUCACCAAUUUGGAGUAUGCCGGUGAACAGGAUCAGGUGGAGCUUUACAAUUUCUUCAAUGCUUUAUUAACCCACAUUCCAAAUGCUGCUGCCGAAAAAAGUCGUUCAUAUGCUUCCUCCCGGGCUUCAUCAUUAGAUCAAUAUGAUUCCAAAUAUUCCGAUGAAUCGGAUUAUCACGAAGAAUACGAUAAUUCCGGUUAUCGUUAUAAGGGGCCACAAAUCAAUUUUCCGCUGACGAAAAAGGACAUUGAUAUCCUGAUUGAUUUGUUUCGCAAGAAGAAGUCAAAUCGCCUCCAUGCCCGUUAUGUGGGUGCCAUACUGAAGGAAGCCGCCAUAAAAUUGCGCACAUUGCCCAAUUUGAAUACGGCCUCGACAGCGAUUUCCAAACAGAUCACCAUUUGUGGUGAUCUCCAUGGCAAAUUGGAUGAUUUGCUGGUGGUGUUCUAUAAGAACGGCCUCCCUUCCUCCGAGAACCCCUAUGUCUUCAAUGGCGAUUUUGUGGAUCGAGGCAAAAAAGGCCUGGAGGUCUUUCUCCUACUGCUGGCCUGCUUCCUGGCCUUUCCCAAUGGGGUUUUCCUAAAUCGUGGCAAUCAUGAGGAUUCCGUGAUGAAUGCCCGCUAUGGUUUCAUACGUGAGGUUCAGGCGAAGUAUCGGCGCAAUUCCACCAAACUGCUGCGACUCAUUGACGAAGUGUAUCGCUGGUUGCCCUUGGGCACCGUAAUUAACAAUCGGGUAUUGGUGGUGCACGGUGGGAUAUCGGAUACAACCAAUUUGGAUUUAAUUAAAAGUCUGGAUCGGGGAAAGUAUGUUUCAAUCUUGCGACCACCAGUCGAACAGACAGGUGGCGAAGGUAUCGAUAAAGUUGAAUGGAAACAGCUCUUCGAUAUAAUGUGGAGUGAUCCGCAACACAAUGAUGGUUGCCUACCCAAUAGUCUGCGGGGUGCUGGUACCUAUUUCGGCCCGGAUGUUACCCGAAACUUCCUCGAGCAACACAAACUUGAGUUGCUGGUACGUUCGCAUGAAUGCAAAGUAGAUGGCUAUGAAUUUCUGCAUGACGACAAGGUGGUGACCAUAUUUUCCGCAUCGAACUACUAUGCCAUUGGUUCGAAUCGAGGUGCCUAUAUGAAGUUGAAUCCCCAUUUGGAACCUCACUUUGUACAGUAUAUAUCGGCGGCCUCGAAAACACGUCAAUUAACAUUCCGCCAAAGGGUUGGCAUUGUGGAGAGUUCUGCCAUCAGAGAGUUGGGGGCAAGGCUGAGGGCCAAACGUAAUGAAUUGGAAGAGGAGUUCCGGAAGAAUGAUCCCAAUAAUAGAGGCUACAUUUCCGUUUCCCAUUGGUGUGAUGCCAUGGAGAAGGCCACCAAUUUGGGUCUGCCCUGGCGUUUGCUAAGGCCACGCCUGGCCCCAUCGACGGAUGAGCGAUCCACAAAUGAAGUUAACUAUUUGACAACGUUAGAUUUACUAGAUACGGAUACUAUAAUUGAAGCUCAAGCACAAGAAACCAGCGUAGCGGAUUCCCUAUAUAAAAACGUCAGUAGCUUGGAGGCAAUAUUCCACAUUUUGGAUUCGGAUCAAUCGGGUUACAUAUCCCUAAGUGAAUUCAGUGAUGCCUGUGAUUUAUUGGAACAACAUUUACCUGGCACAAAUACCCGUGAACAAUUGUUGGACAUGUGCCGAAUGAUGGAUUUGAACAAAGACGGGCUGGUUGAUCUCAAUGAAUUCUUGGAAGCAUUCCGUCUGUGUGAACAGGCGAAGAAUGACCAUGUAGCAGGUCGAACACGUAAAGAUAGGUCACCCAAUGCGACGGCGGAGCUGAGUGGUGGCGAUGAUGGUGGUGAAAAACAAAAAACGGAUAGAAGACUCAGUGCCACUGUGGCUGAAGCUGAGGCAGAGUUGAAAAAACUAUUACCGCCAACGGCCGAAGAGGAUGAUAUCGAUCCCAAGGAUUGUGAGGCAAACACAUUGAAACGUAAUAAGUAA